UGUGUCGUUCCCACUGUUUUAUCUAACGAUUUGAAAAUACGAAGUUCAUUAAAUAAUAUUGUUAAAAAUAAAUUUAUUUAUUUUUACACACAUAAAAUUUAAACAACGCAUCUUGUAGAAAACUUUCUCUGUAUGGGCUUCUAAAGAUCACGAAUGUUUGUUCUCAAGAUUAAGUUUGAAAAACGGUGUGAAGCAAAACGUCCAUUGUUUUCUGUACCUUCUAUGUAAAGAAAUUAAUCGGUUUGGCUUACCAGAGACCCCGAGUUCGUAGCAAACAAAUGCACUGUUCGUAACGAAAGGAAAAUUACUCAUUCAUAGGACUUGUACGACUUUUCAGGAACAUAACAGAAUCGGCUGUUCAUAAUUCCGGAUGGAAUUAUUUAAUACACCUCUGACUCAGUGUAAAAAUUGAUAACCGGCAGCCUUGAAUGUUAUUCGAUAACUUACACGAAUCGUGUUCACAUGAUCGCGCCAUUGUUAUUACCCGUGACGAAUAGUUGUUGCUGGUGCUAACUAUUUACAUGCACGGAAAAAAUUGCGCGCACGCAUACGAGACAGAUAACUUGAUAACCCAUCACGAGUAAUUAUUUAUUCAAGCAGUGUUGGCAGAUCGCGGAUUAGAUGCACUUGCAGUACACGCAAUCGUUCGAACAUAAAAUGAAUAGAAUAAAAACAUCGACGAUAUUUAAUAUAAACUUUAUUUCGUUCUUUUGUAUUUAACAAAAAACGAUUGGCAAUUUUUGUCUCAGCAAACUAAUUUAUACGAUCAUGCAUUCGGGCUAUAUACUCUAAUUUUGUUAUUCGAUCUAAUAUUCAUUUCGAUUUUCUUUCGUAAACGCCGGAGCGACCCAAGCAAGAGAUAGUUUCACGAACCCCGCGUACCUCAGUAAAUUAUGAUAGGUAGACCGAUGCGCGACGAUGUAAAGACCGAUCAAAAGUGACCCGUGUAUCAACGCAGGUUAAGAAUCGAUUAACGUUUCAUUAAUUUUGUAGCAACGGUUACCUAUGAUCGAGCGCGAUAGUUGGCCGUGUUAGGGAACCGUUUACCCCAGUUUAUGGCAGCGGUGAGAGAAGUUUUGACAAGUCAAGACGAAUGUGGACACUAAGGUCGGUGUUUUAUCGGUUGAUUCGAUCACGAGAGUCGUUCUUCCUCGGUCUCGAUAGCUCCUCUUACCCGAUCCUCGGUCGCGAGUUGUCUCGACGAUUUUGAUUUUUGGCAAGUUCAGCACACGCAAGACCAGCUUCGAUUUUCUAUUUGGCGACGGUCCAACUAAUACAGCGAAACCGAAGACGCGAAAACUUUUUAAUUUAUCGCCGCGGGCCGAGUAACGAUUCCGGCCGCGUUCCAUUCCUCGUGUUAUGUACAGGGAUGACGGCUCUUUCGACGUGUGCAUCGUGCAUUUAAAACGUCAGAGAAAAAUCGACUGCCGGGGGAAAAAAUAAUACGGGGCUUUAUUUCCUUUCCCCACCCCUACGCCCCUACCAUCGCUUCGCCAGGCUGGCCCGUUUUCCACGAACGAUUCAACUUCGAAUCAUUUCUAUUCCCGUUUGCUGGGUAACAACUUGAUUAUUCGGCGCCGUAAUAAGCCUCGCGUUUCGUUCUGCUCCCUCGUUCGAUGAAUUACGGUUGGGACAACAGCAAUGUAGACGAAGAUUCAGGGAACGAUAACCGACGUUGAUAUUCUAGCGAAAGUGGCCGUUGCUCUACGACACUCACAGAUAUUAAUUUCACGCGAUUACGGCCGCGGUACGGAUGUUUAUCGUGAUUUAAAAAAAGAAAAAAAAUUGGAAAAGUUCGCCGGGACUCGUUUGCGGUGCAACAUGGCAGAACAAACGCGUCGCAAAGGUUGCGUGUUCAGCGCCGACCAUAAGCGAUGAUGGGGACUUCUCAGAAUUUGUGCUUUAACCUAUUUUUUACACUAAGUACUGUUCACCGCUCUGGGGUUUAAUUACGUCAAUAGAAAAACCUCGCAGUAAAGCCGCACGGUUUUCGAAUGCGAACCUCUAACAAGCAUUCUUCAAAGUUAGAUUGUUCUUAACUUUAGUCGUUCAAUGAACCGAGUCCAAAAUGAAAAUGGAUAGAAAUGUCGCGAUGAAUGAAUAAUAAAAAAUGUUGUUAGGAGCGCAGAGAUAUGUUCGAUUAUUUGUGCAAGAAAUAAUUGGGAACGUAAAUUUACUGUUAAAAUUCGUUUGCGCAAAUAUUGGGUGAAGUCAUACAUAAAUUCCGUUCCUGGGAACAAAUUGUAACGAUGCAUUUUAUCAUUCUAAUGAUUCGCUAUGCUCCACCUACCUGACAAAUUACGACAAUUCAUUGCAGAUAAUGCUGGAAUUGAUUAAAGUAUAAUUAAUUGUCGAAUCAAAGAGUAAAAUAACUUCGUUUUUCGAUCGAUCUUAUAAAUCGUCGAAUGAUCUGAUUUUGGAAAAGCAGUGUGGGAACGCAAAGCUGUGAAAGGUGAAUCGAAGAAAAUUAUGUCUCCGCGCCUAUGCCUAGUCAUUGUACACGUCGAUCGGUCCCGGCGGAGGGAUGCGUGGCGAACGCACAUGCUCUGACACAGUUAAAAAGAGUUUCGUGACAGUUCGUUUAAUCAGCGAUCGCUCACCUAAGAUUUAUAUACCCGCGAGCCAGUUUUUAUCUUUCCCCUGCAUUUUCACAAAUAGCGGACCAACGUUGGAGAACGAUUAAAAUGCAAAGCCACACGACACCGAGCAAAGUAUAUUUUAUUACUUUUUUUUAUAAUCAACGAUUGUGAACAUAAAACUGAAAAAGUAUGAGAGAUUAUGAUCAUAGAACAACGAUAAAGUGAACGUCUAACAAAUUGUAAGUGAGCAUUCGGUCAGUGAAUCGUGUUUGAAGAGGAUUAUACUUCAAGAUGGCAGUGGUUACUAACUCAAUCUGUACAGAAACAUUGAUCACACCGGUAGAUAAUAUCUUGGUAAAAACGGACGGUGUAGAAAUAUGCAGAGUGCGUCGUGCAAACGUUUAUCGACUUUGCGAGAUUUAAUUAGCGAUCAAGUGUAUCGAAACUAGUUAAAAACUUUGGGGAAACAUCUUCGAAGAUGGUGCAGAGCGUGGGACGCACCGGUGGGAACGAAAGGAACUGUUGUUCAACAAUAAGGCCAUCCGGGAGCGAGCUCGAGAGACGAAAGAUAAGAGAAGAUGGAGGAAUCGUCCCGAGUUUGACGAGCGAUUAGAUUGAUAGUUUUUAUCGUGGAUCUACGAUUCUCCUUGUUGCCGGAGGGAAUUGCCUCUAUUCGAGCUGGCGUCAUGGGGAAUGGUAUGAAUAAGGUCCUUCCUGGCCUCUAUGUCGGGAAUUACCAUGACAGCAAGGACACUCAUCAGUUGGAACGUUUUGGAAUCACUCAUAUCCUGGCGAUCCACGACACUGCGCGUCAAUUGCAUUCAGACAAGCAUUAUUUGUGUAUAAUGGCGGCGGACAGUCCGGAUCAGAAUCUGUCCCAAUAUUUUUCCUUGUGCAAUGACUUCAUUCACUCCGCCCGUUUAAGGGGUGGAAACGUCCUUAUACACUGCUUAGCCGGCAUGUCGAGAAGCGUCACUGUAGCAGUGGCCUAUAUCAUGAGCACCACCAAUCUGUCAUGGAAAGAGGCACUCAAAGUUGUCAAAGUGGGUCGUUCCAUUGCCAAUCCAAACGUCGGGUUCCAGCAACAGCUUAAGGACUUCGAAUCGAGCCGACUCCACGAGGAACGACGCAGGUUGAAGGAACGGUUUCCAAGUCUGGCGCUCGCUCAGGCCGAUGCAGAAGUGUGCCGCACCACUUUAAGAAAUUACGAAACCAUGGCACUGGCGCGAGAAGUGUGCGAAGGGAAAUGUGCCAUGGGCCGUCCUUGUCCGACUGGGCUCUGCCGGCAACCAUCCAAAAGGAGUGGACUUAUUGGGAGAAGAAAACCAUCCACAGGGAGUACAAGCAGCUUAACAACAACGAGAACACCCCCGCAAACGCCGAGAAUGCUACCAUCCGCACCCCCUUCGCCAGCCAUGCAGAGAUCGAGUAGUAUAGUGUCCACAAUAGCCAGACCCAGAAGCGGACCUGCCGGGUUGCAUUACUACACUGGCUCCGCUCCUCCUUCCAGGGCGGUGUCGAGGAUCGACUUGUCCGGAGCAGUGGCCAGCAGCAGUAGUAGUACGAGCUUGCAGAACGUCGGCAGAUCAGGGAUAUCGAACAGCUUCAACUGGCGGCUGACUUCCGGAUCGGCGCCAAAUACGCCGAGACCGACGCCGCCGGUUUCUCCGCAGCGAUGGCCGAGGCGAGCUUCGACCCGAAAUGCCCAGCUUCCGAUUUCGCCGGAAACCCCAUCCUCGACUACGUAGCAUUUGCGGAACUUCGCUUCGUUUUCGACCUUGCCCGAAUAACCGCGAAGUUCGUCCUUCGAGAACGGAGUGCGGAGCCUACAAGCCAGGAUCCACAGGAUCCGCGCAGAAUCGCUUGGUAGGAGACCAGCAGCGAAUGUCCCUUAACGAGCGAUCUUCUUGCCAUUUCGCCGUAACGCUCGGCACCGAUCAUGUAGCUAGUGCCGACACUGCUGACUAACAAUGGAUAACGUCUCGCACCGAGUUAGCCGCUGCUUGCCACUUUGUUGCAGAAGAAUGGGAGUUUCGUCCACGACGAGGCACACGAUAACAAAACGAGCUGUGUUUAAUUUAAGGAAAAACAGAAAAACGAUACCCGGUUCUGAUUUUCUGAACGAUCGUCGAACGGCAAACACUCGGCAUUCCGUCGCGAGGAAGCUGCCGGCGAUUAGGAGGAAAGUCUCCGAGGGUAGCGAAAGAGCUGUGCUUAAUUUAAGGCGGAAACGAUACGGAGUCUCGGCGCCUGUUGUGAUAGAUCGAAAGCUUUAUACGUGCAGCGAGCCGUUUGCACCAUGCCUGGCCGAUGGACUAUAGCACGGUCAAGUCUCGUUCGAGCCCGCGUGAUUUCUUAGCGACGCGAAGAUGGUACUCUCCGUUGUCAUUACCGGAACGUCGCGGUCUUCGGCGGAAUUCGCGGCGUCGGUUCCUUUCUGUGGGAGUCUACGGUUAUUUCUAUUUUAGAGAGCAGACUGAGAACAAUUUUCAGAAAGUCUAGUCAGAGUCCGAUUUGUUGAGCUUGAAAGCGAACGCUCACGUGGCCGCUUAUCAUGUAUUUAAUCGUACAAUUGACGCUGAUGCAAAUGUCGCGGCCGAUGUCUUCUCUUUUGCUUAGAGGCGGCCGGUCGGAGGAAAUCUCUUCGGUGCCUCAGCCAUGCAAUUGUUUCAAAGAAACGGUGCUCGCGCCGUCGCGGCACGAUUGUUACCUAACGCAAUAUAAAUAUAAUUUCGAGCGUGCGUGAUCCAGCAAUCACCGACAAUCUUGCGUGCGAUUGUAUACAAUAUGUCCGUAAUCGUGUAUUUCUCGUAACCGCGUGAUCACUCGUUAAUUAGCAUUUUUUUAAAAACAAAAACGAACAGAGCGUACGACGAACGUUGUUGUUUACCAUGGUGGGGGGGGGGGGGGCUGAACGAAACGAACAGGUGAAACCGGGAGCCCGGAAUAGAGUAACGUUUUAAUGUAAUAAAUAUCGAAGCUCGUCCAAACGGGUUCACCGUUUAACCGUGUAAAAACAGAUUUACUCGUAGGAAGACUUUAGAUUGCGUCUCUUUUUCCAAUUAAUAUUAAUCGUCCAAGGAACGUAGAGAUUCGCUAUUAGUGGCUCAGAAAAUCGUCGCAUCUCGUAUUCCUCGAACAAAUUCCUUCAUCGGUGAAUUCCCAUCAGAGUUUGCGCUACCUUGAUACCGACGAACAGUGCUGACUUUCUUUUCACGUGAAGCUUAUCUUUCCCUCGCACCGAUCGAAGCGGUAGGGACGACCGGGACAGGUUGUAACGAAAAAAUUUCUCACAGUUUUCUCUCGAGAACGUUCCGUUCGAUUACAAAGUUGUUCGAGUAAAUUAAUAUUUACAUGUCUGCUCAUACAGGCGCGUUAAACGUUGCAAACAUUUCUAUAAAAUAUAUUCAAUGUAAAAUGAGAGAACAUCGUUAUUUAAUGUUAGACGAGAUUAAUUAAGCGGUAAGUGAUUAUCCAUUGUCAGAAUUGCAAUUAGGUCAGAUGUAUGGAAUACUUUCUUUAGUGCGACGCUGGUGCGACCAUAUUUCGCAUUGAUCGUACACAAUCCAAUAUUCGCUGGUGUAUGAUAUAGUGCAAACCAAGCAGAUAAACUCAUCUGCCGAGGAAACAGUUUGUUACAAUUUAUCCCGAGUUUGUAUUUUUACAUUUCAUCCUUGCAAACGCGUACAAAUUAUGAUAAUGUAAUGUCUAAGUAUUCGUUUGCAACAAUAAAGGCAAAAAUUCAAAGGGUUUUAAUAAUAGCGUUUACUGGUAGAAGAAAUGCUAGAACAAAAUUUACUUUUUCACGCGAAGCAAUAAAAUUUUAAGUUAUUGACUUAAGACAGACGUACGAUGCUGAAUUGUUUCGCUAACAUUGCCAUUAGUGAUGUUGCGAAGUCGUUUAUACAUAAUGUUGCAUUGCCAGAUUUGUCGAUCAGAAAAUUUUAAUUACUGGGUCCUAUUGCUGCCCGUUCAUCUACUUCCCUAAGCAAGCGAGGUUGUGUCCCCAUCAUUUACUGUGCAUUCCAUCCGCAAAUGAAUCAUGUCUCAACAGUGUAUCGUGGUCACACUAACGCGAAGCAAUUUAUAUUCCAAUUUUCGCUGGCUAGUCAAAUUGCGGCUCGAAACCAUGCAAGAACAGGACCCAGUACUGUUACAAUUUACCCCGUCUUACAAGCUGUUCAGAUCUUCCCUAUUAUUGCGAAAUUACGAAGUGGUUUCGGCAAUUAUAGAUGUCUUGGAGUUUACAAAUUUUUCGUAGCAGAAAGCUGUUCAAGAUUUGUAAAAAAGAGUCGCGAAAAUGGCUGUCAGUUUCGGAUCAGGGUAGUGCAACGUGUAGAACCAACCGUAAUAUUUCUUAGCACUGAUGUACCGUCGCGUUCGCAUAUUCGCGAGAACCGCUUCGAUUCAUCGUGUGCGUUUGUUCAUCGAGUUGGAACCAAGUCAGAACGAUUAUGUUCGAGACUUAAGCGAACCGUUCGUGCGAGGCGAUCGCAAUCGAUUCUGGUUAUUUAUAACCAGACUGCGAAGUUUAUGCAAAUUCAGGUAUUUGCUUUGUUAAGAAACACAGCUGCUUUGUAAUGACUUCAUCGAUCUCGAUACUGUUUUCUGUAUCGAUUUAAGUCAAAAAGAAUGAAAGCUGGAGGAAUUGUUCUUCAAGUUGAUAACGGUACGAUAGAAAUCUUAACACAUUAUCUAGUGACGAUGAUUUUGUGAUUUCCAAAAGUUUGCAAUUUACGGUUAGAAACUUCUGAAUAAAUUGUUUAGCGGCAAUAUCCCCAGCUAACUGACAGUUAAUGCAGUAAUAUUAUCUAAUAAUUUCGUUUAGGACUAUCGUGUAUAUAGGAAAAGAUCGUUUAGGAUUCUAUUAAAAUUCUACUAACAGGCUUUCAGUAGAUAAAGCGUUAAGUUGCUGUUCUUUCUUCGCAGUCUGCUUAUAAUACAGUUCGAUGAAGGAUGAUUUCGCGAAGGGGACGAUUAAAACAUGUGACAUAAAAUUUGUUCAUAGAAAGCUUCGUUCCCGAGAAAAUGAAGCAUAAUUGUUAACACGACUGUGUACAAUAUAAAUAGUUGACUGUAUAAAUGUUGACUACUUCUGUCCGUGUGUACGUGUACUCGCUCAACGUAUAAACUUAUUCGGUGUGUGCAAAAUUUCCCGCCACUUAUCGAACAAUGACGUCGUCUCAUCAAUCGAACACAAAAAAAGCCAAUGCCAUUUAUUUUUGGCGACAGGGAUUAAACGAGCCCCCGUGUAAUUCAACAUUUUUAAAGAUAAACGAUAGAAAGUUUUGCAUAGGCCCGAAUUGCGUGCAAUAUUGUAAUGAUUUGAGAAAAUUGUAUUUUACAUUUCCGACUUCUAGUUUCGCAUAGAGGUAGAAUUGUCAUCGUUCUUGUCGCGCGUAUGAUAUGUACGUAUAUGUAACAUUCCGCGCCAUUUUGGAGAACAACUCGAGGAAAUGUUGGGUUUCCAAGUACGUCAGUGCUGAAGUCCUCUGACACGGUCUUCGGCUAGUCGAUGAGGGAUACGAGAAGAAAGAAGGAGAACGCGAGUCGUUGUUCCUUGAAUCGUUCCAUUGAGUUUGUUUGCAAACCGUCCAUUGCAAUUGUUGGAUUUGUAGCGAAACCACGCUGUUUAGCGCAAGUUGUUAACCCUGUGGAAAGUAUAUACUACAAUAUAUACAUACCUAUAUAUACAUGUACACGAAGCGUGUACGCUGAUAAAUGGGUUCCGUGCACGCAGAGCGUGGGACGACAGUUCGGAAGUCUGCGACAGAAUCGAAUAACUGAUAGUUGCCGGCCAAUUUCUCUGUCACCAAUCGCGCACAACAAACGAAACUUAAUUUAGCUAGCCGUUAGGCUGCGCGGUCGAUACUCUUAUAAAACACUGGAAUUACCAGGAAUUGAUGGAAUCACAGAAAUUAAUCGCCGUUUUAUCAGACUCCAGUUUAAAACGGCUCGAUAAUGCAUGAUUGGUGAACCAAUUGAAUUGUAAUAACUAAGAUCACACGACCUUUUCAAAUGAUUGUUUAAUCGAAAUAUCGACGAGCGUCGGCAUCAGUUGCAAGAACAUCUCUCUGCUGUGUCGUUCAGUGGGCCCAAGCAGGCAAUCUAUAAAAUUGCUGCGAGAAAGAAAACUGUGGCACGGUCUAUUUUUACGUGAAACGUCCCUGCUCGUGCACAGGACACAUUCGUUGUCGUACACCCUAUACGCAUACACAGCCUAUAGGCAUACGUUGUUACAAAAGGGAUUUCAGAAAAUUUUAUAACUUGUUGGCAAUGGUGAUUAUUAUGCGACUACGUCGUAAAUUUACGUAGACACGUUGUUACUCUUCUUUCGUGCACCGAAGUACUCUUUGGUGGAAAAGGUAUAGCGUGGUCGUAAAAUCGAUCAGUAGCUAAAACGCUCGUUUCUAGAAACGGAAUGAAAAGAAUCGACAGGAAUGCGGAUAUAUCGUGGGUCUCGGCAGUUGUUCAAGGUCGCAAGCGCAUAAGCUUGCUUCCCGAUGCUGAAACAUUCUCGUCGAUCGUAUUUUAUUCGCGUGCGAACCUGACACGUAUACGUCGGUUCGUCGCUGAUGGCUUGCAACGUGAUCUUUCGUCGAAUGCCAAUAGGAGUUCGUAAUUUCCUUGUCGAUAAGAGGAUUAUCGAUUUUCAGAGGGAAUAGUUCUUCGUCGAACGGAGUCGACUCAUUUCACAUCGUAUCCGAUAUCGAGAUUUUUCGAUCGGCCUGUCAAGGAUCUACUAUACCACCAUGCUAUAGAGUUUCCGCUAACGCGACGAUACGAUUCACUGACGAGUGAGAGGCAAACGUUUCCGAGCGGAUCAUCGAGUUUCAUUCCUCCCCGGUCGUCGUCGUCAAUGCGUAGUUUCCGCGAUUCGCACGAUAGAAUCGUUUAUUUUUCUAGAAUCAUUCGAUCGAUCAUCUAGCCCGAUAAGGAGAAAACAAUUAGACGAUAGAGAACACGUCAACGCGCUGUUGACGAAUAUGAAAACGAAAAAAAAAAGAAAGAAAAGAAGAACAGACGAAAUGAGCACUUGUUUCAUUCGAUUUUUUAGCGUUACGCAAUCCGAAAAGUGACCCAAACUGUAGAUCAGAAUAUUUCGAUCACUGUAAUUAACGCAUUCGCAGCCGCAUUCAGCCUCCUCGGCAUUUAAUGCUGCUUGAUAUGUUCAAUCACGAUUUCAGACACUUUUUGGAUUUUUCAAUUCGGUUUAAAAUGAUAUGAUAUAUUCGUUAUAUAUACUCUUGUUGUACCAGCGAUGUUUUUUGAAUUGCUACGGUAUCAUUGUAGAUGUAUUUAUGAUUUCUGUAUUUUAUUUAUUGUUACUAGGCGAGUGCACAAUCAACUUUAAUCUCUGGCGAAUUGGAUACUAUUGCGUCAAUGGCUGCGAACGCGUUAGGAUCACUUUCUCCAUGCGAAGCUGUAUUCUUUUGAAUAGGCUGAUCAUCGAACCCACGAAAUCGAUGAAACUCGUUUCUCGAUCCUGAUCUUAUUUUGUACUUAUUACUGAUUUAUGCGAAACUGCUCGUUGACCGAGCAAUCGAAUGUUUUAUCAACAAAAUCUAGAGAUCAGGAUGAAUUUUAUCGACUCGUCAGCGCAAUUUGUCGUAAUUUGAUCAGUCCAAGAGAAUACAGCGAUGAUAAUGUUAAAAAUUCACAAAAUAUUUUUUAUAAACUUAUUGUUUUCAACAUUUGCUCGAUAUUAACAUAUCGCUGUUAUAUUAAUUAAAGAUAUAUUUAAAUAUACACAAGUACACGUAAAACGCGUUAAACCAUCUAAAUGCAAGGAAAUGUAUAGUUAAGGGGUGGGGGGAAGGAGGGGCGUUCUGUAUGCAUAAUUUGCAAGCUGUUUAUUGAUUACGUUUUGACAUACUAGCAUGUUCCGUUAUGCGCGCUUCGUUGUAUUGACCCCUUACCACAGAAUUAUUUUCUUAAUCGCACAUUAUAUUUAUAACUUGGAAUGUAACAUGCAAGUUAUCAAAAAUCAAUCCGGAAAAUGAUUUCUUCUUACAUCCUUAAUGCUGAUGGUUUGUUUGCUUCUGGAUACACAACUGUACUGCAUUCAGAAAUCAAUUAUAUGCGCUGGCAUGAAAAACUGCAGGGUUAAUAGCGAAACAUAUUGUAAUAAAAUACUAACAUUUUUCUAUUUAUUCAUGAUGUUUGCACUAAUUAAUAUCAAUACUUUCAACACGUUUUGACACAUAAUAUAUAUGCAUCAUGUAUGGCGUGGUGAGGGGUAAAUAUAAUUUUUUAGAAUCCGACGUAUCCGUUGGACAUCGCGUAUUUCGUAUUCAAGGCUUAAGCGUGGCAAUUUUUAAUUUGCUAUUGUAAAAAGUGUAUUAAAAAGAAACCAAGGGAAAGAAAGAAAACAGAAGAGCAUCUUUAAAGUAAGCAAUUACUUGAUUUGUGCUUAAUAGGGUAACUUUCGAAACGAAUUUAAGUCGCUGUCUCAUUGUUCCCAGAACGAAAACAAAAAUAUAACAUGUAACACACAAUGUCUGCAUCUGCGCAAGUUCUUUUUUAUGAAACACAAAACACGGGAUCAAACGUGAUUUACAUAAUGCGAAGAUUUGGAUUGUAUCUGAACUUCGUUAAAAUUUCUCAAAUAUGUAAAAUACACUGUUCUUUUAUCAACAAUUAAUUUGAUGGUGUUGUUUCAACGUUUCAAAGCGACUUGCCUACACUUCAAAAGUUAUCUUCUUGAGUUCUUAUUAAAUCACUUAUUUCCAGGUCUAAAGUUUACUUAUUUACAAUGUUGUCUUGUGUGUUUUGUAAUAUCUUAUGAUCGCGUGUUUCUUAAUCCUUUUCCACUUGUACAACUGUUUUCACCGUACAAACAUUUAUUUCGUAUUACCAGAAACAUUCAAGGGCUUUCAAUAGAAUCUAAGAACCGUUGAAAAUAUGUAUGUAAUUCAUCAUUCAUAAUUUACAAAAUACAACUUGGAAAGUUUUGGAAAGCUUUAAUAAAAUUUCUGGCGCUUCGUAAAACAA